GAUGAUGUUUGCAAGAAGUUUGAGCUCAGGGAGGGGACCUAGACGGCCUCGUAUCUUAAGGAAUGUCGUACUGCUUGCAUCAGGUGCUGGCUGUGGACUGGGAGCCUACCAUUAUCUGAGAGCCAGUGCAACUGAGAGGAGAAAGAUGAGAGUGGCAGUAGAAGGAGUAGGGAGGUUCUUUAGGUCUAUAUCUGUGGGACUGCUCAUAUCCCUGGACUACUGGUGGACUACUAGGGGACUGGACGAGGAAAGUGAUGAGUAUGAAACAGCAGCCGCACCUGUACACCAGAGGUCAGCUGAUCGUAUUGUGAGCGGAGCAUUGAAGAAUGGCGGCCUCUACAUCAAGUUGGGUCAAGGACUGGGUUGCUUCAACCAGGUCCUGCCCAGACAGUACAUCGACACACUCAAGACACUCCAGGAUAAGGCACUGGCUAGGAAAUCUGGAGAGUUGGACCUUCUCUUCAUGGAGGACUUUGGUCAACUUCCCUCGCAACUUUUUGCCAGUUUGAACCCUGAACCCGUGGCAGCCGCCAGUUUAGCCCAGGUGUUUAAGGCCGUAACCAAGGACAACCGGGAGGUGGCCAUCAAGGCACAGUACAUAGACCUGAGAGACAGAUACGAGGGCGACAUAUGGACUAUCAAGACACUGCUCAAACUGGUCGCUAUUGUACAUCCGAGGUUCUCAUUGUCAUGGAUAUUUGAGGAGCUCAGGGAGACACUGGCAGAGGAGCUGGACUUUGAGCAUGAAGCUCACAACUUGGAACAGUGUGGUCGUGACUUAAGAGAGCUGCCAUUCGUGUACGUGCCACACGUCCAUUGGAAGCUGACCUCCAAGAGGGUGUUGACUGCUGAGUGGAUUGAUGGCUGCAAAUCCAGCGAUAGAGAAAGCAUCCAGAGGAUGGGACUGAGUCUGGCUGACGUGGCCAGGAAGGUGAUCACAACAUUCAGCCACCAGAUAUUUUUGACCGGGUUUGUCCACGGCGACCCCCACCCUGGCAACGUGCUCAUACGGCCCGCCCCUCACAACAACAAGACGGCACAGGUAGUGCUGUUAGACCACGGGCUAUACACGAGGCUGGAGGAGGAGAUGAGAGUGAGCCUGUGUAAGAUGUGGAAGAGCAUCGUCAAGAACGACUUGAAUGUGAUUCAAAACGAAGCACAGAAACUGGGGGUGGAAGACUAUGAACUGUUAGCUGUGAUGCUCACCAGUCGGAGUAUUGCCACACACAAGAAGAUGCUCGGGAUAGCCAACUCUAUGUUGACCAAGGAGGACGUGGAGGCAGUGAAAAAUACAUUCUUCCAGUUUGACGGUGUUAUGAAAGUUCUUCGAGCUUUACCGACAUCCAUGAUAAUCAUACUGCGUAAUAUCAACAUUGUACGCUCUGUGAGCAGAGAAUUGGGAGCACCUGUCAACCGGUUUAAUAUCAUGGCUAAAAGUGCCAUCCAUGGGGCCUCUCUUUCGACUGACCCUAGCCAAAGAACGUGGAGGGGCUCAGUGUCUAGCUGGGUGGAGGCAGUCAACUUUGACUUCAGACUAAUGUGGCUGUCUGUGAAGCUGUGGUGGUCAGUCAAUACGCUGAGAGCAAUGCGAUUGGUCGGACUCAUGCCCCCGGGCAGUGUACUAUUAGAACAAGCAAUGUUAGCGUGACAACCCCAUCCCUAUAGUUUUAAUUAUUUAUUUUAUUAUCAGUUCUGACAAAAUUUCAACGUAACCCUAACCUUGUAUAGAAUUAUUAUUAUUCAAA